CACCAACUGGCAACGAGAGCGCGGGAAAACUCGGCGUCUCGAGGAAGGACGGCGAACGAGGCGGAGAAGCAACCCCAAUUAACCUCCCUUUUCACCCCUUUCCCCUUCGUGAUUCGCCUCGGGAACCCUUCGAGGCCUGGUACCAAACUCCCGUCGAGGUGGUUUUGUGGAGAGCGAAGCAAGAUGCUGCGCGCUCAGGACCUCAGCGACUAUGAACUCCUGCGGAAUAAAAAUAUUCAGGAGAGGCAGCAGAUGAUUGCUGCUCUCAUGAAAGAUUUUGAAGACCUGAAGAAAACAGUAGCUCCCCCAAAGCCUAAGCCCCCAACUAAAACCACUCCAAAGGUCAAGAAAGUUGACGAUGAUUAUUGGGGCUCAAGGAGAGAGUCGGCACGAAAGAGUAGAUUCCAGCCCUACUGGUCACCUCCACGUACUAGAUCAAGAAGGGCCAGUGUGAGUUCCUCCACUGUAAGUUCACCUUCUGACUGGCAGCAGCUGGAGGAUGACGAGGAGGAAGAUUCCAAGCCCUUAUACCUCAAGUUCCGCUUCAGAAAAGUGGAGCAGAUACUCAGUGAACUCGCAGAUCCAGGGGAUUCAGAUGACGAUGAUAUUCAAGUUUAUGUUGAUGAUAUGGAUGUGAAGAGAAUGAGACAAGCGUCUAGGAACCUAUCUUCCUCAUUCACAUUUUCACCAGUCAAGAGGACAAGUACAGGUGGAAAUGAAGGAACUGGUACUUCCAAGAGAGGAAACAAUACAUUUGAUCCCAAUGUCAAUAUCCUCAUGCCAGAGGACAUAAGCAAAGCAGACCUUGACAAUGUAGCAGACCGCAGUGGGGGCAAGAUUUACAAUGCUCAUGUUGGAACUACAUGUCAUCAGUGCAGGCAGAAAACUAUUGAUACCAAGACAGUAUGUCGUUCUGGUGAGUGUGUUGGUGUACGUGGAAUGUUCUGUGGACCUUGUUUGAAGAAUCGUUAUGGUGAAGAUGUUAGGGAAGCUCUGCUAAACCCUAAAUGGAUGUGUCCUCCCUGCAAGGGUCUCUGCAAUUGCUCAAUCUGCCGAAAUCGCAAUGGAAAAGGUGCUACUGGUAUUCUCAUUAAUAUAGCAAAAGCCAAAGGCUUUGAUAAUGUGAAAGAUUAUUUGGAAAGUUUGAUGAAGUGAAUCCUGUUGCAAGAUAUCCGUGUAGCACUGUAGCUAUUAAGUGUUAGGGGAGAUAUUAGACUCCAUAGAUAAUAAAAGAUCUAUCAACAUUUCCAAAUGUGUACAUUUUAUUGAGGCUUUUGGUUUUACUUCAGCUACUGAGGCUCUUCUCUUUGGAUGAAGUGCAUUUUCUGACCAGUGAUUUAAUUUUUCCAAACUUCAUUACCAAUUAAGUACAAAAUAGCUGAUAGGAUUCUCAAAAUGUGGCCUCUCUAUAUAUAGAAAUAUGAAAUAUGCAUCUAUAUCAAUGCCAAAUAACAAUGUCAUUGUGUAGGUUAUUUAAUUUUAAUCCAUCAGUACUGAGUGAUUGCACUGUAUAUUAUAAUUUUUUACAUUUUUUUUAUAUUUUUUUUUUACACAUAGAUGGCUUCACAAACAAGUAGUCACUAACGAGUCAAUUAGGAGACCUAUCUGACCUUACUUAAUAUACCCAAUCCUUGAAUUUUUGGGAAAGUUAGUUUUAUAAUGUUUUUGAUAUGUUAUUAUUAUUGACAUUGGUAUUAGUACAAUAUUCUAAAUGGUAAGAGCAAAAUGAAAUAAACAAUAAAAACCUCAGUGAAAAUCAAGGAAAAGGGUAAAUAGUCGAGAAUAUGUAGGACUAGUCAUUGACUCCUUGGUAACUGAGGUCUUGUGUAGACAUAUAUAUGUAAGCAAAAUUAGUAGACAAAAAUCCAUUAUCAAGUAGAUAUGGCGUGCAUUUUUGUCAUUCGGUAUCGAUGGGUUAAUUGAUAACCUAGACAAUUUUUACAAUCAUAUUAGUGUCUAAUGUGAAUUUAAUGAUAGCAACAUUGUCAUUACUUUCUUUAAAACCUAUAAUACAAGUCGAGUUUUUUCUUUUCCUGCUUUUCUUCCCUGUUUUCCUCUUCUACUCCUUGUCCUUUUCCAUUUUUGGUUCCAUCUCUCCUUUGAUUGACCUUACUUCUCUUCCUUCCUGCAUCAUUCCAGUUCCUUUUUGCCUUUAUUACUUCUGUCUUUAUUCUUUUUCCUUUUUCCCCUUCUUAUUUUUUUCAACUCGAGAUAUGAAUGCAUGCUUAGAAAAAAGUAACAAAAUUCUUUGGUGCCAUAAGAUUAAACAGAAAAUAUUUUUCUUUUCUUUUCCUUUUUUUUUCUUUUCAUUCUUUGAUUUAGUAGUUUUGUUGAAUGUUAUUCCAUCAGAUUGGAAAAGGGAGAUUUUUGUGUUUAUUUUAAUUGUAUUGCAGAUUUGUUUUAUGACCAGUAUAUUAGGAUUUUUUUAAAAAGCCCUAUGUUUGGGGAAAUAUGAAAUGGAUGAAAAGGAGUGACUAUGGUCAGUUUAUUAAUUUUAAUUUGUACUGUUAGCCUCAACAGGGACUUUUUCCAGUUUAGAGGUAAAAUAAAGAUGCAUUUUAGAUUUUAGUAAUAGAUGUGAAACUGAAUUACAGGCUUGCUGUAUUUGAUGUUUGAAUGAAUUAGGCCAAUUGAAAAAAUAUUCAUGUUCCUGUAAUAGUAAGAAUUGAUAGGGCCAUUUAUGUAUGUAUGCAUGCAUCAACAAUGAGUUGCUAGAGCUUCUGUUGUGCUUAAGCACUUUGAAAAGAAUCAGGUUUUAUGUUAAUUUAUAAAAAAUACUUGAAAAAGGUAAAAGAUUUAAGGUUUAUCCCUGACAAUAGGAUUAGAUGGGAUACAGGAACCAACAUUUUUCUUUUUGAUGGCCGUAUCACUUUUCUAGAAGUUACAGCUGUGAUAACAAUUUGUUAUAAAGUGUAUAUUUUAGUUGGCUAUUAAAUGAUAUUUACAGAAGA